AUGAGCCUUUGGAUUCCAAGAGAAAAUGAUGACGAAUUGUUACGAUCUAUCAGCACGGGAGGACCACCUGAUAAUGUCAACCUAACUUUCAGCGACCAAAAGUUAAGUCCCUCGUCACAGUUCGUCUCACUGCCGUCAAUUCUUGACCAAAAUGGCAAAAGCGGCUAUGCCUGGUACGUUGCAAUAUUGCGAUUGCAGACUUGCAGACUCUUUCUGCAAUGCCCUGACUACCUUUAUGUUCUUUGCAGGAAGGGGCCACGCGAAAGACAACAGCGUAGCAGAAGAGAGCGACUGAGGGAGAGCAGUAUCGGACUGCCCAUCAUUGUUGCGACCACGCCAUGAUUCCAACCGGAGCUUUUCUGAAGUAUUCGGGGAGCUAAUCAGGGGAUUGAAGACGCGCUGUCGUCCCCCUGUUGUUCUAGGGGGCUUGCUAAUGAUCACGCAGCUGGCAAUUAUCUAGUACUACCUGUGCCCCCGUGUGGGAUACUGUACGGUACAGGCGGACCCGGGGUUGUCUUGCUAAUAAUACUCAAUUUGAAGCAACAACACCAGCACAUCGAGAGGUCUUGUUUGGCAGCGAUGUGCAGCUGGUGUUUAUAAAAAAAAUGUAAGAAGAACAUGAGAGCUUGUCACACUGCUUCGAUCCACGCCCGUUUCAUUGUUCGCCCAAAAGUUUGGGUUGGUUAGCGUUCAAAAAAACUCGGAAUGGCGCAUAGCAGCCCUAUGCGCCAUAGCACAAGGACUACGUGUCGUUAUAAAAGUCGUCAACAGAGAGGGCCUAAUUGUUGAGAUCUUCGCGAUUGCGUGUCCUCUUUCUGGGAAUACUCCUCA